GCUAACUGCUAUUCAUCAGAUUACAUGAGUGUGUUUGUAACACCUGAGGGUGUGUGUGUGUGUGUAAGCAUGACUAAGCCAAUCAGCUUUAAUCACUCAUACAACACAAUCAGACCAAAUCAGCAUCCUUCAGGUUGUUCCUUCCCUCCAAACCAGGUUUGUGGGAUUAAUGGUGUACUUGAAAAGCUUCCAAGGGAUUCACCAUCAAAAUGAGAACUAGUAUUUUUACUUUUCUGUUUUUAGUGUAGACUAUAACUAAGGACAUAACAUUGAUGGGCGUUUUAAACAUGGAUUGAAUCCACCUACAGACAGUAUCUUUCAAAUUGAUUCAACAAAAGGAAUGUACUGUAAUGUGUAUUUGGCAUUCAUGAUGGAGACUGAGUAAGAACCCCCCUAAAGUUAGUCUAUAAAAGCGUUUGAUAAAAGCUGCUUUGUCGCCCUCUUGUUGUCAUGUAGGACACUGCCCAAUAGUAAAGGUUUGACUAGUUUUUAUGUUCCCAUAUGAUAAAUAUUAUUAUACUCGCACUUUACUGAUGGAUUUUGGCAAGUUUUCUAACACUUGUUUGCCUCGAGGUGAUUUAUUUUAAACAAGUUUCUCAUUUGCAGAGGUUUCUGGGAAGAAAAAAUAAAUAUAAUAUUUUAACUUUUUAUCUGUGCUUAUGUUUAAAUAUAUUCAAAACUGCAAAACCGAAUGUAACAGUUACCAUCACAUAUUAAAUGCUGGAAAACACAUGUUUAGCAAGGCAUGGUUCUCCAAUCAGCCAAGAUGCAUUUCACCUGUUGCUGUUAAUUGUUUGCUACUUAAUUUUCAUUUACCGCCUCAUUUAAUUUUCUAAGACAAUUAUACACAUAAUUAGUAAACCACUGACGGACAGCACACUCGCAGUUCUUCAAUUUAAAUGACACAUUUCGACACGUGUUGAAAAACAUUGAACUCUCGUUACAGACCAGUGCACUGGUCGUGACCGUCUGAGCCCAAACGGCUACACUCUUACUCUCGCGAGAUCUUAUAUCAAGUCUUGGGAGUGCCGUUUCUAUGGAUACAGUAGCGUCGCAAUCAGUGAGGAAGCUGCCGCACAGUCUCUUCUUCUACGUUACAAAACCAUGCGGUGCAAAAACAGCCUCUAAUUUGUUUACGACGGCGGUACUUGGAUGAAUGACUUGAUUAUGGAGCAUGAUGAUGAACUGAAUGACUUGCGGCUUCAGUUCCAAGCGUUACAAAAACAGCAGGAGAAAAGAAAACUGGAUAGAAAGAAGAAGAAAGAACCGGAUCGGCUUGAUGUCAGUGUUGGCCAGGAUGAUUUGGAUCUUUCUCAUCAAGGUAUUCAGGCAGACAAUCUCCAACACAGACUUCUCCAGGAUGAGAAUCAAAAUCUGAUUUUGCUGGACCAGCUGAGGGAGUUGAAGGACGAAAAUGGUCGGCUCUUCAAACUUCUGAGUGAGAAGGAUUUUGAAAUAAAACACCUGAAGAAGAAAAGAGAAGAAGAGCGACUGGUUUUAGCAGGCACAUCGGGCUUGGCGGGUGAUAUCGCAGCCACCAAGAUUGUUGAGCUGUCCAAGAAGAAUAGAGAGCUAACUGCUGAAACUGAGCGAGAAAAGAUCAAAUCCAAGCAAAACAGCAACAGAGUCAAAGAGCUUGAGAAAGAGCUGCAGGUGGCUUUGGUGCACUCUUCACCGGGGCAAACGUUUGAUACAAAGUCACAGAAUAAGAGGUCGUCUGAAGACUGUGAGAAGCUGGAACAUCCAGCAAUGAAAUCUCUGCAGGAGAAAUUAGCUGCCGCCCAGCUGAAAGUGACUGAGUACCGCAACCAGGUUCAAUCUGUCAAACAGGAGUUGAAAGUAGCUCAGAAGGUUUUGAUCAGUGAGAUUGGAGAGGAGGUCAGCUUUCACCAAUUACUAAGCUGCCCUGGGAGUUUCAGAGGUCGCUCUCAGCAGAUAUUGGCUCUUCAGACGAGGGUGCGGGAUCUGGAGCAGCAGCUGAACCUGUCGACUCAGCGAAGACAACCUAGUGUCCUGAGUGAAGAGGAAGAGUUUCUGGGCAUGGGGGUCCUUCAGAAAACCCCUACACAAGACAAGAACCUCAGCUACAUCCGCACCAUCGAGAAGGAGAAGAGGGAGGCAUACGAGAGGAUCUCAGUGGACUAUGAGGCCCUCCUGAAGGACCACGAGGACGUGAAGAAAAAGCUAGACGCGUCUAAAGCCAGGAACAAAUCUCUGUCUACCGAGAUGAAAUCUCUGAAGGGCCAGAUCUCCACCCUCCUGGAGAAGGGUAAACAUGAUGAUGAGCUUGUGGAUGCUCUGCUGAAGCAGCAGACUCAGAUGCAGGAGGUGCUGAGACGGCUCGGCCAGCAGCAGAACGUGCGGAGCAAGGAGACCCAGAGGAGCCCGAGACAGCCGCUGAGCAGUGAGCCUCCAGCGCACAGCGCUCUCAUCCAGGAGCUUAAGCAGACAGUUGCUGAAAGAGAGGCCAGGAUCAAAGAGCUAGAGCAGGAGAUCCAGCAGCUCUCUGUCAAGGAAGAGGGAGCGGAGAGACAGUCCAGCCUCAAGACAACAAUUUGCAGUUCAGGAUUCACCCCUGAAGAGGGAGACAUUAACAAGAGGAUAACAUCUUCAGGUUCAAUUUCUAAAUUUGGUCAUAAACUGGUGCUGCCUGCUGUGGGGAGCAGUAUAGAAUUCAAGGACCCAAGUUCUUCAAGAUGUCCACACUGUUCAGCUGAUGUGAGCUCUCUGAUGACCCAGUGUAAUGAAUACAAACUCCUCUGCGGGCAGAACGACCGGCUCCUUGAGAUGGUUCAAGUCCUGCAGACAAAAGGGAAAGAGAUGAACCAGAGGUUCUGGGAGGCAGAACAGAAGUAUCAGGAGGGAUGCUGCAGGGUAGUGAUGGAGCAGCAGCUGGAGAAGACAACAUUGGAUCCAAAGUAAGGACUUUUGCAAGUAGCAACGGGAGAACUGCUAAUCCAAGGCUAUCACGACUCUGGAUCUGAGCAUCGUCCCUUGGGAUGGCAGGAGUUGCUGAGCAACGAGAACUAAAUAGACAAACUGAAAAGACUGCAACAAAUCGUUUGUAAGCAUUGCAUUUCUAGCUCUGACGACGCUGUAGCUGUCUUACCUGAAAACAAGCAAGAAUUUUGAUUUUGACCAGACGACAGAAAUACUGAUGCUUGGCAAUGGUCUAUUGCUCAUUCCAACCCUCGUGUUUAGGCUGCACAGAUAUGUUUACGUUGCUCGUGUAUGUUGUGUCCCGGCUGGCCACUUAGCUGGAGGAAUACAGAGGUGCUGAGGGCAUCGCUGAAGAGCACUCUCCACCAUGACCUGCAGCUCUGCAGUGACGUGAUGAGACAAGCCAAGCAUGUUUUCCUGCAGGCUCUGUGCCAGCGCAGACUAGACACUAACCAGGGGAACUGGUUGGUUCCUGCUCAACCUCAUGUCCAGCUGAGCCCUAUUACCUUCUCCUGUCAGAUGUGACAAACAGCAGCCUGCAGGAAACAGGCUCCCCUCGUCUGCCACACAGACAUCAUACGGAGCUCGCUCUUUUUCCCCAUUUGAACCCUCAAAGACAGUUUGUGUUGGUUCCUUGGUGCGUUUCGGCAACUUCAGUAACUGCUUGAGUACAGAGCUUUCAGCUUAACCCUGAUGGCAUCAGACAAGUGUUCCUACCGAUGACAGAAAUGUUUGAUGCUGAUUUUGUCUGCUUGCUGUUUUAUAAAUGUCAAUGUCACAUUUGGUUAAAUCUAUGUAUGUAUUUUCCUCUGCUGGUAACCUUAUGUGCAUUACAGGUUAAGAGAGCAACAAUGUCUGUUUUUAAAGUAUUUUUGUAAGCUAAUGAAACAUCAAAUUCAAUCAAUGAAAGGGGAACCACAUCUUGACCAAAUGUUUGGAAUAUGUUGUUUACAUUCAUGGCUAUGACCUUUUCUUAGAGUUUUGAAUUUUAUUUGGCUCCAGAUGGCUACAUAAAUGUGUGACAGGCCAAGCCAAAUAGUAAACACCAAAGUUAAGUUCCCAACAACUGUAACCAUCCUUUCAAAUAUUACUGCUAAUCAUUUCUGACUUGAAACCAGCUGUGUGGGAAUAGUGGUUGAAAAUUAAUGCGGGCUCAAGCUGCACAAACUCCCACUGUAGUCCUCCACACACUCCCCAGAGCAUGUCACACGUAUGUACAGUAUGCGAUCUUAGCUCCCUAGUCCAAAGGUUGUCUGGAUAUGCGCAGCCUGGUGGGAGUCUCUGCAUUCAUACUAACAUCCGAGUUAUUUUCUCCCAAAGUAGCCAAAAGGAUUUUUAGCAUAACCACCGCCCCCCUCCCCUCCCCCUCCUCACCCUUCUCACCCUCCUCUCCCUCCACAUCACGCUUAAUUUAAAAGCAUGGCUGAGUUAGUGUGCUGCUUCAAAUACCGCACUAUUUCUUCCAGUACCCUGUGGGAGAUUGGCAGGUCCCCAUUGGACUGAGCGAGAAAGUGCCACAAGACAAAAAUAUCAGAGUUUGGAAGUGAUGAAGAAAGCCUUUAUGCUCAGAGUAACAAAAAACAGCCUGUGUUGAAUACCUCCUGGAUAGAAGGUGAGGUACCCUUUAAUGUAGUCGAGUGAGAUGUGUCAUUGGAGGAACAGAUGAGAUAUCAUAUGGCUACCGCACGAUUGCCAAAUAUGUAUAUCGAAUGUAGAAAUGUGUGUCAGAAAGGGUGUUGAUGGAGCAAACGCAUGUCAUGGUCCCCAACUGCAUCCAACUCCAGGGAAAAUGUUUAAUUUAGUGUUAUGUUGUUUCGUUGUUUUUAGAAAAAUCUGCCUUAACAAAACCUCACAUAAAAAUGUUUUGUCAGUUUUUGUGGGCAUGUACAAUAUUUUCCCAAAUGUGUAAUCUGAAGCUAUUUUUGUGGUAGGUGUUAGGAAGGCCAAUAUUACAAGCCAUUCGCUUUUAAAUAGAGCUCGUUGCUGCAUGUUCAAUAUUCAUUUUACUGUGUAAUUUCAGUGAAAAACCAAUGUUGCCGUUGUUGACUUCAGUCAUUAAAGAGUGUCAUCACUUUCAAAUAAAUUACGUUCCACCAAACAAUUUUAACCUGGUUUUAUGUAGCUGUAUUACGCAGAAAGGUGUAGAUUUAUUCCAAAAUGCCCAAUAACCCACCAAACCAAACACAAACUUAUGUAAACACAGCAUACGUAAACAGCCUCACCUAUUUG